AUGGAAUUGGAACAUUUGGACAUUAGCAUAAACCGGGUGGAACAGAGAAAUGAAAAGAUUUACUACAUCAUUCUUGUUCAUUACAAAGACCUGAAAUAUGAAAUCAGCAAGAGGUAUAGUGAAUUCGAAGAACUGCACUGCGAAUUGCUACACAUGGGUUUUUCAGCUUUACCUAAUUUGCCAAAGAAAAAAUUUAUGUCCUAUAAAAAUAAUGAAUACAUUAAUUAUAGAAAGAAAGUACUGAAUUCGUACAUACAGAAUUUAUUCAUGAGACCAGACAUAAGAUGCUGUGCCUUGUUUUUAAAUUUUCUUUUAUUUUAUGAUAAAAUUAAUUUAUCAGUAGAAAUAGUAAGAACGAAGUUGUUAAAUAGUAUAGGUUCUCAAAAGUUUGCACUUAGUGAUUUAUAUAUUAAUGAAAAAUAUAAUUUUAUAAUUUGUGUAUAUGAAGAUAAAAGUAAUUUAAGUAAAUUAGGAAAAUUAUGGUCUAUUAUUGAACCAGAUAUAAUUGGAGAAAUUAAAGUUUUCUCAUAUAACAAUGAUCUUACAUCUACAUUAUGUGAAACAUACAAAGAACAGACCAUAUAUAAAGCUAGAAACAUUGUGUGUUCAGAAUCUCAAAGUGAAGCUAUCAUAUCAGGAGAUGAUGGAAAAAUCCACAUUUACAAAAUAGAUACACAGUUAUUAACUUUAACUUAUAUAAAAAAUAUUUCUUGUCAUAAUGAUACUAUAUUAAAAAUGAUGGCAAUAAAUGACAAUAUAUUUUGUACAUGUGGAUAUGAUAAUGCUUUCAGAUUAUUACGAUUACAAGAUUACAAAAUAUUGAGUGGAGGAAGAUGUAAUAAACGAUUGGAUAAAGAUAAAAUAACUACAUGUCACUUAUUGAACCAUAACAAUAUUGUUAUUGGCACGAAUUGUUCUUUGUUUUUUACUUAUAAUAUGAGCACCAAUCCUCCCAUUUAUCUGGACACAAAGAAACUCAAAAAUGGUGAGAAAAUUGCUUGCUUCACAAAUACUGACAAAUAUUUAUUUAUUGGAUAUGAUAAUGUCAUUGCUUGUUACAAUUACCACUACAGCAAUGACAUCAAAAAUGGAAAAAACGGUUUAGUCUUAAAUGAACCCUUUGCCCAUUCCUGUAACCCAUCUCAUGAAACUUUUAUCCAAGGUGCUCAUGUUGAUGGACACAACAUGUACAUUGGAAAUGAUGCAGAUCCGUCUAUCAACACGACGAAUCGAAAUGUAUCUCGAAUGAUGAAUGUUUCAAUGAACGAAAAUAUGGAAAAAAACGAACAACCCAUCACUAAAUUAAUUAUUGACAAUAACAUGUCGGCUCAGUAUAUUCCACCGUUACUGUAUGACAAUUCUGUACUCUCUCUAAGUGUUAACAAGGAGAAAAAAAUUCUUUAUGCAGGAUACGAAGAUGCUAUUAUUAUUUGGUCGAUAACGAGCGGGUUAAUCAUUUCAGCCAUUCAUGGUCAUACAAAUGGUGUGCAUUUUUUAAAAUUUAUGAACAGUUCAGAUUUUUUGAUAUCAGGAGGCGAUGGAGGAAAUUUAAAAAUAUGGAAAAGUGAUAUAGAUAAUUUUAAAAUAUGGAAACCGACAAGAAAGAGUUAUAAAACUAAUGAAGUUAAUUGGAGUAGAACACAGAGGAUUGAUGAGAGAGGAAAUGUUGAUGCUCAAAAAAAUAGUGCAUACAGAGUGUAUGGUGAAUCCGCACAGCAUCACACGAAUUAUCAGAACAGUUUCAACUUUAAUUUUAACGAAAGUGACAAUAGUGAAGAACAGGAUAUCAGAAGCAAUACACAAAGUGAAUCAAUGUCUAUUGACAAUUUACUGGGAGAAACGAAUAAAAAAUAUGAUUAUCAAGUGUAUGAUACAUCUAACUAUAAAAAGAAUUUAAUUAAUUAUAAUGAAUCAACAAAUGUUAACAGUGUUAACUCCUCCAGAAGUAACAUUUUUUAUGAUAAAUGUGCGAAUAAUGCACCAAAUGAACUUACUUCCGAUACGAGCAACCUAGAUAUUUGCGUACUUACAAACGAAGAAGAUAAAAAGAAAAGCACUAGUUACGAUCAUAACAUGGAUAUAAAUUUUAACAAAGGAAAUAAUUUUUUUGAAACCCCUCCAUAUUAUGGAUAUGAUUCCUAUCAGAAUUAUUCGCAUCAGCAUGCACCAACCGAAAAUACAAAUUAUGAUAAUGUUUCAUCUGAACAUGUAAGAUCAGGUUAUCAACCGUAUUACCAAAAAAACAUUUCAAACCAUAUUCAACAAACUGAUAGUGAUUAUCUAAGUGAUGUUCACAGGGAUUUGUCUCAUGAGACAGAUCCAUACACAAUGGGUGCUCAUGGAACGAUCUCUAACAUCGCACUCCCUCAUGAAUCGCUACACAAUUUCGACCUGAACAAAAUUAACUCGAUUAAUAUGAAUGCGAACACUAGUAGUACUACGAAUAAUAAUCAUAAUCAAGAUGAUAAUUCCAGCAAGUUGGAGAAGAAUAUCAUAUAUGUUAGUGACGAAGACGAGGAUUUGAUUUCAGCCUUUAGGUAA